UUCCCUUCCUACUUUGAAGUCGUCAAACUUGUGCUUUCUGCUUCAGUCUAUUCGCUUUAAUUCACACGAUUAAACGUGUUAUUUUCCAUUGAACGAACAAAGCAGCUUCUGAGAGAGAAAAAUGGUCACCGGACGCGCGUUGCAUUUUGUGUUCAAAAUACCCGAUCGCGGAUUGACGGCGAAAUUUUAUCGGGAAAUUCUUGGGAUGAAGGUGCUCAGGCACGAAGAAUUCUCGGACGGAUGCGAGGCUGCGUGCAAUGGACCAUAUGCAAAUCGUUGGAGCAAAACGAUGAUAGGAUAUGGCCCUGAAGACACACAUUUUGUGAUUGAGUUGACAUAUAAUUAUGGGAUUAACAAAUAUGAAACUGGAAAUGAUUUUAAAGCUAUUACUAUACGUUCGAAGGAUGUGAUUGAAAGAGCACGAGCUAAUGGCUGGCCAAUGCACGAAGAAGAUGGAAAGUUUGUGAUGCAGGCACCUGGUGGAUAUAAAUAUCACAUCGUUAACGAGCAACAGUCUAAUGAUCCAAUAGAGAAAGUUACCUUAUCCAGUUCUAAUCUUGAACGUACCAUUGCUUACUGGAAAGAUAUUUUGGGACUAACGAUAUUUGAUAGGAAAGAUAAGAAAGUAUUGAUGGGCUACAGUAAAGACCAAACCAAGCUUGAAUUCGAAGAUAUUGGAACUGAAGUUAAUCACGCAAAAGCAUAUGGGCGCAUUGCAUUCUCAGUGCCAUUUUCGGAGCAGCCCGCGAUUCAAAAAGCUAUUAAAGAAAGUGGAAAUAAAAUUUUAACUGAUCUUAUAACAUUAGAUACGCCGGGAAAAGCGUCUGUAAGAGUUAUCAUUCUUGCUGAUCCAGAUGGGCACGAGAUCUGUUUUGUAGAUGAUGAAGGAUUUAGACAGCUCUCAGUUCCGGAUUAUCCGAGCGAAGCAAUUUUAAAUAAAUAUAUCGAAAAAGAAGCAUCUGGAAGUAAUGCGUGAAAAAUUAUUCGCUCUUCCAUUGAAAUAUUAUUUAUAAUUAAUAAUACUAUAUACAUGUAAGAAAGAGUCAUUAAUGGUGGUGGGAUGCUAAUUGCGAAGAGAUUAAUAUUUAAGUGAUAUAAGACAUUUAAAUAUGUAAAUAUGCAAAUAAAAGAUAUUUGUUUU